AGAAGUGCGAUGAUGUGCGGGUGAGAGAAAAUGCGGGAGGAUUUCAGCUGAUCCGAUGGCUGCCAGAAGCCAGGUGGGCCCUACUCACAAGGGUUCGGGAAUAGUCUUUAGGCUUCUGGGGAUAGCUGAGAAGCGGUUCUGCUGAUUGGAGGGGCACUGGUCCCUGGGUCCUGGGAUGGUUGGACACCAGACGGAUCAAUUGCAGCCUGGACAUUCAGAGCAGCUUUGAGUGCCCAGCCUGCACAGACCCCUGCACAGCCCUCAGCACAACCAGGCCUUGGUGACUGGGGGACCCCUCUUCUGUGGACUGGUUCCACUCCUGCAGAUCUAAGAGAGACAAGGACCACUGUCCACCAUGGUGAAGCUGGGCUGCAGCUUUUCAGGGAAGCCAGGCAAAGACCCUGGAGACCAGGAUGGGGCUUCCACAGACAGUGUCCCUCUGAUCAGUCCCCUGGAUGUCAGCCAGCUCCAGCCACCAUUCCCUGACCAGGUGGUUAUCAAGACACAGACAGAAUACCAGCUCUCUUCUCCAGACCAAUCAAAGAAGUUCCCAGACCUGGAGGGUCAGAGGCUGGCUUGCAGCCACCCAGAGGAAGGGCGCAGGCUGCCCACUGCUAGGAUGAUUGCCUUUGCCAUGGCACUUAUGGGCUGUGUGCUGAUCAUGUACAAAGCCAUCUGGUAUGACCAGUUCACCUGUCCAGAUGGCUUCCUGCUUCGGCACAAAAUCUGCACCCCACUGACCCUGGAGAUGUACUACACCGAGAUGGACCCAGAGCGCCACCGCAGCAUUCUGGCAGCCAUUGGGGCCUACCCGUUGAGCCAUAAGCAUGGCACUGAGAUGCCUCCGGCCUGGGGAGACAGCUCCCAUGCCCCCAAGGAGGAGCACAAGGACCCCACCCAGGCAGCAGUGGAUGUGGCAGCUUCGGGAACUGAGUCUCCUGGGAAGCCCUUGGCCAAGGAAGAGGAAGAGGAUGCACAGAAGCAGGCAGGCAGUGUGCCACCCACUACACCUCAAUGAUGUCUGUGCCCUUGCUUGCUCUGGUAGAUGUUCACCCCUGCAGGGCCUGGCUGGCUGGCAGUGGGCAUUCCUGGGCUUCUGUUCCCCUACCUGUUUGUCCUUCCCCUCAGGGAGAAACCACCACCAGGUUCAGGACUGGGGUCUCCCAGUGCUACCCUGCUCCUCUCAUUCUGACUUUCUGACUUUAUAGCAUCCCUGCAAGCACCUGUGUCAGAGUGCAGCAUAAUGCUCCCUCGUCGCUGUGUUUGUGCUACUGCCCUCUUGUACUCCUCUGAAGCCCCUGACCCUAGUGGUCCUCUGGCUCUGUCACUUUUCUGUUAGUAAAUAUUCAUGUCAACUUGGA